AUGCUUAACUUGGAUCGUACGAUAUUGAAGAUUGUAUGGAUUAUUUUUAGAUGUGCUAUGUUGAUUUUGCUGAUAGAACCGUGCCAUCAGACUUGCAAGCAGUUUCAGAUGAUGCGAGUUUUAGUCAGUCGCCUGAUAUGUAAAUCAACUGAGAAAGAGACAAAAGAAGAAUUAUAUUCUUUCUCUUAUCAAUUAAUGCAAGAUAUGCCUAAAUUUUCACCUCUCGGCAUGUUCACUUUCACAAGACAACUUUUGUUAGCGACGGCUGGGGCAUUUUUCUCAUAUUUGGUUAUUUUAUAU